UAUGAGCGGGGAGCAGGGAGGGAGGGGGAGCGAACAGCGCAGCAGUGGGCGAACCACAAGCCCCGAAACCCAGAAUAAAAGGACUAAUUUAGCUUCUACAAGCGAGCCGAAGUACUCUGGUUUAAUGGCACACUGAUUUUCUCAGUUCGGUUUAUCGUUUCGGUGAUUCAGAUGACAACGCUGGCUCAUCUGCAGACUUUACCCGUAGCGCUGGAAAGUGAGAGGCAAAGAAAGCAACACGGGGAUUACACACAGCAGUGACAAUAAAACAACACUCCUCGACAAGUGGACUCCUGCAGCCGAAAACAGUGGGGAACUUCGUUUGUACUGUUUUUAACGCUGGCGUCCAAAUACUAUUUGUGCGUGAACUUUAAACUCAGGAAACAAUGAGGACAUAGUGAGCAAAAACUCAAGUGUCUCGGAGCUGCUAGCCGUCCCGCUAACGUUAGCUAGCCUAGGCUAAGUUAGCUCGUCGGCUAGCGUUAGCUGGUUAGCUAAAGGCGUUUUUCAGAAACUUUUUUUGGUGUUGUUUCCCCGGAGCCCAAACGCUGAAGGAGAAUUGUGAGACCAGAGGGGAAAGGCAGGUUCCCUUCUGGACCGUUUGCCCUCUCCGUGUCGGGCUCCUAUGAUGGCCGCGGAGGUCAGUAGUGAGGAUACGGGAACGGUCACCGCAGGGACGGGGGCGGCGAGCGGAGGAGGCCCGGAGACGGCCCCUUUCUCCUACUAUGCCAAGCCGACCAGAGUGCGAGGGAGUGAUUUGGGACAGGCACCGGCACUGAACCUCCGCCGGAAUUCAAACACCUCGCCGGACUCUCCCUCCGACAUGAGCAUGGUUUAUAACAUGUCAGGGGGCGAUCUCGCCGGAGCAGACUUGUCCGCACCAGGGAGUGGCGGAGGUGGACAUUCAGGUUUCCAGGGAGCGAGCUCUGGGACCGCAGGCAGCAUGUGCUGUUCUCCCACGUCGGAGAGUUCGGGCAGCCGGGUUUCACCCACAUCAACAGGUCCGGAUGGGCCCGCUGUCUUCCCCCCUCUGCCGCCACCUCCUCUUCCCCUUGUUGGCUGCGCGGGGCUCGGAGGUGCCGCGGAUGAAAGCGACAUGCAAGAUGGACCGGAAUGUGAGGAAGAGGAGGUGGCGUUCCCUCUCUCUGCACCUCCCACUAACCAGUGGUACCAUGGAAAACUAGACCGAACUAUUGCUGAAGAGCGGCUGCGCCAGGCCCGGACACCUGGCAGCUACCUCAUCAGGGAGAGCGACCGCCGGCCCGGUUCCUUUGUCCUGUCCUUCCUCAGCAUGACCAAUGUGGUCAACCACUUCAGGAUAAUCGCCAUGUGUGGGGACUAUUACAUUGGUGGGCGGCGGUUCUCUUCACUGUCAGACCUGAUUGGUUACUACAGCUAUGUGUCUUGCUUGCUAAAAGGAGAAAAAUUACUGUCACCAGUUGCUCCACCAGAGCCUGUAGAGGACAGGAGGAGAGUUAGGGCCAUACUACCGUACACCAAAGUGCCAGAAACCGAUGAGAUCAGCUUCCUGAAAGGGGACAUGUUUAUUGUUCACAAUGAACUGGAUGAUGGCUGGAUGUGGGUCACCAACGUUCGCACAGAAGAGCAGGGCCUCAUUGUGGAGGAUUUGGUGGAGGAGGUGGGGAGGGAGGAGGAUCCACACGAGGGCAAAGUCUGGUAUCAUGGAAAAAUUACUAAGAAAGAGGCCUACAAUCUGCUGAUGACAGUUGGACAGGUGUGUAGUUUUCUGGUCCGACCUUCAGACAACACACCUGGGGACUACUCCCUAUUUUUUCGCACCGAUGAAAACAUCCAAAGGUUUAAGAUCUCCCCGAACCACAACAAUCAGUACAUGAUGGGAGGGAGAUACUACAACAGUGUUGACGAUAUUAUUGACCAUUACAAGAAAGAGCAGAUCGUUGAAGGCUACAAUCUGAAAGAAGCAGUUUCAGUACAGCAACAGGAACAAGUCCUUUCUGACACAGUGGAUGGGAGAGAAAUUUAUAACACUAUCAGACGGAAAACAAAAGAUGCAUUCUACAAAAACAUUGUCAAGAAAGGCUACCUUCUGCUUAACAAAGGUAAAGGCAAAAGAUGGAAGAACCUUUACUUUAUCCUAGAAGGUAAUGAUGCUCAACUGAUCUACUUUGAGAGUGAAAAGAGAGCCACCAAACCCAAAGGACUGAUCGACUUGAGUGUGUGCUCCGUGUACACUGUGCAUGAGAGUCUUUUUGGCAGGCCAAACUGUUUCCAGAUUGUUGUCCAGCACUUUAGUGAGGAACAGUACAUAUUCUACUUUGCGGGGGAGGCUCCAGAACAGGCACAGGACUGGAUGAAAUGCCUUCAGAAUUUCUGUAGUAACUUAAAGAAAACCACUCAGCCCACAUCAAACAAGAGGCUCAGACAGGUGAGCAGUCUCGUGCUGUAUGUGGAGGAGGCCCACAAGCUGCCGGUGAAGUUUUUCACCAACCCCUACUGUAACAUUUAUCUGAACAGUGUCCAGGUGGCUAAGACUCAUCCAAGGGAGGGACAGAAUCCUGUUUUCACAGAGGAGUUUAUCUUUGAUGACUUGUCAAAUGAAAUUAAUAGGUUUGAAAUCAGCCUGAGCAACAAAACAAAAAAGAGCAAAGAAAGUGACAUCUUAUUCAUGCGCUGUCAACUUAACCGUCUUCAGAAAGGCCAGAUGAUUGAUGAGUGGUUCCCUCUCAGUUCCCACGUACCACUAAAAGGCAUAGAGCCGGGGUCACUGCGUGUGCGCGCUCGCUACUCCAUGGAGAAAAUCAUGCCUGAGGAUGAGUACAACGAGUUCAAAGAGAUGAUCUUACAGAAAGAGUUCCAUGUGAUCUACGCUUUGGCACAUGUGUGUGGUCAAGACCGCACCCUACUGGCAAGUCGUCUUUUGAGGAUCUUCAGACAUGAGAAGGCAGAAGCCCCACUACUCAGGACACUUAAUGACAGAGAGAUUAACAUGGAGGAUGAAGCAACAACAUUGUUCAGAGCGACCACACUAGCCAGCACACUGAUGGAGCAGUACAUGAAAGCUACAGCUACACCCUUUGUUCACCACGCUCUUAAAGAUACUAUCCUCAAGAUCAUGGAAAGCAAACAGUCCUGCGAGUUGAAUCCGUCCAAACUGGAAAAGAAUGAUGAUGUAAACCUUAACUUGACUCAUCUCCUCAACAUUUUGUCUGAACUGGUGGAAAAAAUCUUCAUGGCUGCUGAGAUCCUUCCACCGACACUGAGGUUCAUCUACGGCUGUCUGCAGAAGUCUGUGCAGCAGAAAUGGCCCACCAACACCACCAUGAGGACCAGAGUAGUAAGUGGGUUUGUCUUUCUACGAUUGAUUUGUCCUGCUAUUCUCAAUCCCAGAAUGUUCAACAUCAUUGCAGACCCUCCAUCGUCAACGGCAGGCAGGACCCUCACUUUGGUGGCCAAGUCUGUCCAGAAUUUAGCCAACCUGGUGGAGUUUGGUGCCAAGGAGCCGUACAUGGAGGGAGUGAAUCCUUUCAUCAAAAACAACAAGCAUAGGAUGAUCAUGUUUCUGGAUGAGUUAGGGAAUGUCCCCGACCUCCCUGAAGCCACAGAGCACUUUAGGACAGACCUGUCCCGGGACUUGGCUGCACUGCACGAGGUCUGUGCCACACACUCAGAUGAACUCCGGACACGGAGCAAUGAGAGGGGAGCGCAGCAGCAUGUGUUGAAAAAGCUGCUGGCCAUCACAGAGCUCCUCCAGCAGAAACAGGCUCAGUAUGCCAUGUCCAACAGCAACAGGACAGAGUGCACCAUCAUGUCACUGGCUGCUGCCAUCCAGGUCAUGUGACCUACAGAUUUGGAAAUGGUGUAGCGUGCGCAGCCAGCCAGUCAACGCGAGACCUCACCCUGGUGUGAGAUGCACAACCCAAGCCUAAAGUCAGUUUGUGGUUUUUAAGCAUGUGGCCUAGAUUCCUGGCUGUUCAAAUGCAAAUGCCUGACAUGCUGCAAAGUCCUUCCAAAGCCUGUCACCAAAAGUGUGCUCCUUCCUGAACACUUUCACCACACUUCUCACACAGAUGGCAUCUGAGGUACAGUGUGAUGACAAAAACAAAAAACCCAACACCAGAUGCUUUUUUAUGGGGACCUUGAGAUUUUGUGCAGCCCUUCUCAAUUCAACAUCGAAGCCUUGGCCAUGAGAUGGGAGGCCGUCCAAAGCACUGAAGUAGCGUUACCUGCCGCCAUCAGGGAAUUUUCAUGUAGCACCUCUCUCCAAGAUGACACGAGCCUUAACUUCCUUUAAUUACACACCAUCCUCUAAUGGACUUGAUUUUUACAACAAGCUCUUCCUUCACACCAUUAACAUCCAACAUCUUUGUGUAUUAAUGACCGUGCGGUACUGCAAACAAGUGUUACAAUUGUUUAAUAUGCUGCUUCAUUGAUAAUCUAUACUUGUGGACAACUUUAUGGUGUUUGUAGCCAUAGCUAAACAGAGAUGAAUGAUAGAUUGUAGGACAUAUGUGUAACCUUUGCAUGUGUUAACCCUGAAUGGAAUCUACUUUAGUGCUUGGGCCUACGUCCUGGGUAGGAUUACUGCUAACUCUGGGUUUUAAGUGCACGAUUUAGAGUAUGUUGAGAAACAAAGUGACAGUUUCUUAUAAAUAGAAUAUUUAAUAAAAUGCCACAUUUUUGAUUAAAGAAAAGCUUUGGCAUCAUGAAAAUUGAUAGAAUGUGUGACACACUGAAAUUUACAGCAAAUUGCUGCUUUUUUGAGACAAGUUAGUAUGGUUCUGUAUGGAAAAAUCUGUCUGUGACUAGUGGGCGAAGCCAAAGAUGCCUGUGACACCUCCAUUCGUUACUUUAACAUUUCCCAUAAUCCCCCUGGCUUCCCAGAAUGCACCGCUGCGCCAGCAGAGUUCUGGCAUCUCUCAGCGCAUGUAAAAAUGUCUAGCAAGGAUGUGGAUGGCACUGAUCUAGCGAGUUCACGGGCGACUGAUGAUGAUGGCACAUUCCUCCAAGUUGAGAGGGUUAUCGAGGAGUUGUAGCACCUGUGAUUGACUUCUGCUGUGCCCUGAUGUUGUCUAUACUUCACGAGGUUUGUUUACAUUGUGCCUUGAACUGGAACUCUGCUGAAACUGACCUCUCACUUGAGUAACGGACUGAGAUGGCACGGGAUUCAUAACUGCAAAACAGCGACUACAGACUUCUGUGGAUAAGAGAAACUGGGGAUACGAAACUUUUGUCUGUAGCAAAUUCAUAAUGGAGUUGCAAAGAGAAGGGUUUUCUUCAGUUGUGAAAUUUCAGCUCCUGUUUACCAGGUAGCACACAGGAAACUUGAGCCCUUUUCUAAAAUGUUCUCCACUCCACGAUGAAGCUGUUUUGUCUGAUACAGCAGACGCAGAACCUCCAAUCACAUCCAAAAAAAAAAAAAAACCUAUCUCCCUCUGUCUUGGUGGCUUCACUCACUACUGCUGGUUCUACAACAGACAAUCCUACAGUACUAUACACUUUGUAUUUCUUAAUUAUUGAUAGAAAAGUCAAAGACAUUACAUGACUUAGAAAUAUUCAUGUAUCCAUCCCCUGACUCAAAGAAAACUGGCUGUAAAAGUGAUGAUUUGCUGUAAAUGCAAAGUGUGCCAGUAACUGUCACAGUACAGUUUUUUCCCCUCCACAGUUAUGAAACAAAACGGUUUCAUUUGCAUUUAUUUCCAAGACAUUUUAAAUUGUGUACUUACACAUCAGAGGUGCCAGUAAGUCCUAUGAGGGCAGUACAAAACUUCCCGUGAACACGGGGAUGUGAACAAAAGCUUUGAUGCCUCUGUUCUCUGGCUAUCACUCAUUUCCACACAAAGGACUGUCUAACACACAUUUAUCAAAAUCUGAGUCAUAGGCCGGCCUCGUGUGCCAAACAACUGCAAAGUCCAAAUCUGUGCCUGUCUUAGCUCAAGAGUUUAUCAAACUGUUUACUGUAGCUGCACUUAAGAAGAUGUGGACCUCACCAUGUGUGAACAGCAAAACUGUCAAAUGAAAGUCUCCUCUUCAACGAUACCAGUAACUGCUGUGCUACAUGUUAGGGAUGACGUAGACUGGAAUGUGGCAUGCUAUUCUUCCUUUCUGUAUUUCAGCUGACAAUAUUCCUUUUUAUUUUUCUACCUGAUACUGAACCUUUUGCAUCUUCGAUAUGGCGACCUGGCUAAAAUAAAAGUGUUCAUACUGAAAA